AUGCCGAAAGCCGAAGCUGGAUCCGUGAAGGCGAUCGGAAAUCGCAUGAAGCAGAAGGGCCUAGGUCGACUAAGGUGGUACUGUCAAAUUUGCGAAAAACAAACCCGUGAGGCAAACAGUUUCAAGCAGCAUCUACUUAGUGAAAGCCAUGUCCGACGAAUGGCGCUCGUCGGAGAAGACCCCAAGAAAUACAUCAAGCAGUACACCGACGAAUUCGUCAAGGUAUUCGUGGAUGGCCUUCGAACUCGACACGGCGAAAAGGCUGUCAACAUCAACCAUUACUACCAAGAAGUUAUCCAAGACAAAACGCACGUUCACAUGAGCGCCACCGAAUUUUCUUCUCUCACGCAGUUCGCGCAAUACCUCGGCAAGAACGGAAUAUGUCGUGUCGAAGAAACGGAGAAGGGACUCUUUGUAUCAUGGAUCGAUAAUUCACCAGAGACUAUGAGAAAGCGAGAAGCCAUUCAAAAGAAAGAUCGCGAAGAAAAGAAUGACGAACAACGGGAACAGAAAUUGAUUAAGGAUCAGGUGGAACGUGCCCGGAAAGCUGCACGGGAGAAAGACGCUGCUGCAGCGGCUGAGGAGGACCCCGAUGCGAAAAUGCUGCAGCGAGCGGAGGGUGAGAAGAUGACACUGAACCUUGGACUGGGUCCGAAGAAGGCUACGGAAUCUGCGGGCGUGAAGGAUGAGUCUAGCGCAGAGUCUCCGGCCGCAGGUACACCUGCAUCUACCUCUGCUGCACCUGCAAAAUUCUCCAUGUCGUUUGGUGCGCAGAAACCGAAGAAUGUUUUCUCGACGGCGAAGAAGAAUCCCCUAGCGGGUAAAAAGGGACCUAUGAUUGCACAGCCGAAGAAAAUGACUGAGCAGGAGAGGAUAAUGAAGGCGGAGAUGGAGGCUAUGGAGCGGAAGCGGUCGCGUCAAGACUCUGGGUUUGGAAACCAGAAGCGACCUAAGCUUUCAUGA